UGGAAAUAUUACGGAUGUCACGGAUGCUCCAGCUAUUCCUUUAGAACUGAGAGAAGUACCCAUGGAGGAAGUAGCCGAUGCUAUAGAUAUUACUAUAGAAUUAGAAAAUGGAAAUAUUACGGAUGUCACGGAUGCUCCAGCUAUUCCUUUAGAACUGAGAGAAGUACCCAUGGAGGAAGUAGCCGAUGCUAUAGAUAUUACUAUAGAAUUAGAAAAUGGAAAUAUUACGGAUGUCACGGAUGCUCCAGCUAUUCCUUUAGAACUGAGAGAAGUACCCAUGGAGGAAGUAGCCGAUGCUAUAGAUAUUACUAUAGAAUUAGAAAAUGGAAAUAUUACGGAUGUCACGGAUGCUCCAGCUAUUCCUUUAGAACUGAGAGAAGUACCCAUGGAGGAAGUAGCCGAUGCUAUAGAUAUUACUAUAGAAUUAGAAAAUGGAAAUAUUACGGAUGUCACGGAUGCUCCAGCUAUUCCUUUAGAACUGAGAGAAGUACCCAUGGAGGAAGUAGCCGAUGCUAUAGAUAUUACUAUAGAAUUAGAAAAUGGAAAUAUUACGGAUGUCACGGAUGCUCCAGCUAUUCCUUUAGAACUGAGAGAAGUACCCAUGGAGGAAGUAGCCGAUGCUAUAGAUAUUACUAUAGGUGUUUCAGACACAUUAGCCCAUGCUGUUUCCAGUGAUGCUGUAGAGGAGCAUGGUGUUGAAGUACUUACAGAUCUGAGUAACAUGCACAUGGAGGAAAUCACAGGUGCUCCAGAGAUUCCAUUAGAUGUUUUAGAUUCAUUAGCUGCAACAAUUCAUGGUGAUGCUGUAGAGGAGCAAACAAGUGUUAUUAUACCUAAAGAAGAAGAAGAGUCAAAUGACAUGUGCAAAGUGUCCAGUCUUCUUGCCAAAAAGAAAAUUGGAAGAAAACAGUUCUUUUUGGUUUUGACUGCUAGGUUAUGCAUUGGUCAUCAACAGUUUAAAUUGUCAGAGAAAUGA